UUUCAACCGAAAAUUGAAUAAAAAUAGCUGCAAAAUUGAAGGGAACGGCGUCACCCAGAACCUAACCAUGUCACUGCUUAACAACGAUGACAGCAUACUGGCCAUAGACGAAGAUCCGCAGGUUGUCAUCCAGGAGGAUGAGCCCUCGACAGCCCCCCACAUGCCCAGUGGCCAGUCGAUGGACUCGUUGCGCUCAUCGUUCACCAACAGAAGCUCAACGCCAGACUCUACCGAGCAUUCGCUGGACACGCUCGAAAUGGCGCAGGACGAUCGCGAGGAGAAGGCUCGCCUAAUCACGCAGGUAUUGGAGCUGCAGAACACCCUUGAUGAUCUGUCCCAGCGUGUGGACUCUGUGAAGGAGGAGAAUCUCAAAUUGCGCUCCGAGAACCAGGUUCUGGGACAGUACAUCGAGAAUCUCAUGUCCGCCUCCUCGGUGUUCCAAUCGACCAGCCCCAGUGCGGCGAAAAAGAAGUAGAAACAAACUGCCGACUACCGGAAGGAAGCCUGUACCUCUCAAAUAUGCCUUGUUGUUCAUGCUAUUGCGAAAACGUACUCGUCUAUAACUAUAUUUUAUAUUUUAGCCUAGUCUAAUGCUGCAAUGUUUUUUA